UUUUAUGCGUCUAAUGUGUCUGCCUCUGGGUUUGCCUGGCUGCUGUGGUUGUAACGCCCGUAUUUGUGGACACCGAACCCCUUUGUCCAAACUUGUGGGCCCUAAUUGUCCACUUGGCCAGCCUCCUGCUGGGCAGGUGUCCCAGGCACGUGGGUGGGGAAGGUCGGGGGCUCUGGUCAGGUUCCCCUGCUUCCAUAACCUCCUCUCCGUGGGCUACGCGGGGAGGAGGAAGGGCCAUGAGAAACGGACGUGGAGCCUGGGACUCCGUGGUCUCGGAGGUGGGCACAGGGAGGCGUAGCCCGCUGACCCUGCCCGCGCCCCCAGGCAUGGAGGCUCCGCGCGUCCCCGGGCGCACCGUGCUCUUCCAGCGCGAGAGGAGCGGCUUGACCUACCGCGUGCCCGCGCUGCUGCCGGUGCCGCCCGCGCCCAUCCUGCUGGCCUUCGCGGAGCAGCGGCUCAGCCCCGACGACGCGCACGCCCACCGCUUGGUGCAGAGGACCGGCACGCUGGCUGGGGGCUCCGUGCGGUGGGGAGCCGCGCGCGUGCUGGGCACAGCCGCUUUGGAGGAGCACCGGUCCAUGAACCCCUGCCCCGUGCACGACGCGCGCACGGCCACCGUCUUCCUCUUCUUCAUCGCUGUGCGCGGCCGCACGCCGGAGGCCGCCCAGAUCGCCGCUGGCAGGAACGCCGCACGCCUCUGCUGCGUGACCAGCCGCGACGCGGGGCGCAGCUGGGGCGCCGCGCGGGACCUCACGGAGGAAGCGGUGGGCAGCGCCGAGCAGGACUGGGCUACAUUCGCUGUUGGCCCAGGCCACGGUGUCCAGCUGCGCUCGGGCCGCCUGCUGGUACCGGCUUACACCUACCGUGUGGACCGGCGAGAGUGCUUUGGCAAGAUCUGCAGGACCAGCCCCCAUGCUUUUGCCUUCUACAGCGAUGACCACGGCCACACCUGGCACCGAGGACAGCUUGUACCCAACCUGCGCUCAGGCGAGUGCCAGCUGGCUGUGGUGGACAGUGGACAGGCUGGCAGCGUCCUCUACUGCAAUGCCCGGAGCCCUCUGGGCAGCCGUGUGCAGGCGCUCAGCGAGGAUGAGGGCACGUCCUUCCUGCCUGGGGAGCUUGUGCCCUCCCUGGCUGAGACUGCCAGGGGCUGCCAGGGCAGCAUCUUGGGCUUCCUGGCCCCACCCUCCAGCAAGCUGAGAGAUAAGGGAUGGUCUGUGGGUGCCAGGAACACCCCCCACACUCGACGCCUCUGUCCUGGGGUCCAGAAAGCCCCAGAGGAAGGCUCUGGAGAUGCCCGAGGGGGCGGUGGGCCUGGUGCGAUGGAGGGAUGUGGGGACGGUGGGAACAGGCUUGUUGGGCCCCCUCCUGCCUUCCCACAGAGCCCCACAUGGUUGCUGUAUUCCCACCCAUCUGGGCGUAGGGUUAGGCUCCACAUGGGCAUCUACUUGAGCAGGUCCCCCCUGGACCCACAUAGCUGGACAGAGCCCUGGGUGAUCUACCAGGGCCCCAGUGGCUACUCUGACCUGGCGUCCAUCGGGCCCACCUCCAAGGGGGGCCUGACCUUCGCCUGUCUUUUUGAGAGCGGGGCCAGGGUCUCCUACGAGGAGGUCAGCUUCUGCAUGUUCUCUCUGCGCGAGGUCCUGGAGAAUGUGCCGGCAGGUCCCCUGCUGCCCAGCCAUGUGGGCAAACCUGUGGAGCGCUGCCUGCCCUCCUGAUGGGCUCUCCUGCUAGGUCUGAUGCCCGGGUGCCGGGGAGAAGGGGAGGAGCUCUGAGUGUCAGGAUGCUCCACGGAGCUCUGGCUUCGAGAGGCGGCUUUGCUCCUUGGCUUCUCCAAGAAUUGUCCUUGUGAAGGAGCUGCUGAGUCGUACCGAGUUCAGUUUUAGAAUGUUCGAACCACCAGGCUGGCCUUUAAUGAGGGUCGUGCAGCCAAAGUCAGAGGAGGUGGUUCUCUGAGCCCCAUGGGUGUACGGCUGACCUGGGCUUUCUUGAGGGUCGCGGGCGGGGUGCUGGACCCUCAGAUCAGCACACUGUGCGUCAUGGGCUGGUGAGUUUUUCUCCUAAACCUUGCUCUGCUGUAUACUUUCUGGCUUAUGAACGAGAAAUAAAAGGGUUGUGUGUUUGUGGCCAGGGCCGUUUCUCAGUUCUUUCCUCCUCAAAGCCAUGGGGAGGGCACCCAGUGCUCUCACUCAGUUUUGUGACCUCCUCUGGCCACCCAGUCACACUGCAGAGCCUGCUCCGCUUAGCUGAACUCCCCAGUGCCUGGGGGCCAUCAGAGGUGGGGCAGGUUGAGGAUAUACAGGUGAUCUUUGUGGUGGCCCUAAACCUGUCCAGGAUCUGCAGACCGGCUGCCCUGCAGGCGGGGCAGAGCCAGAUACACAGAGUAGGGAACCUACCAGGACCAGCCCCCUGCACCCUCCCUGAAACACCUUUUUAUUCCUCCUUUUUAAAGUCUUCACUUCUGCUUACAAAGUAUGUUCAGUAUAGAAAACUUGGGAAAUGUAGGAAACUAUUAAGAAAAUAAAAACGACCCUGCACAGAGCCUUUCCUCACAACUACGAUUAUCCUACGAUUAUCUAGGGAGCCUCUGGACCUCUAGACUCUACUUCCAUCGCUCUAGGGACCUCAUUUAAGUGGGGUCAUACAGUGUCAUUUGUAACCAGACUAUGCACUGUUACAUCAUGUCCUCAUCCCCAGCACGUGUCAGAAUGUCCUUCCUUUUCUCAGGCUGAAUAAUAUUCCAACGUGUGGCUGGGCCACACUGUUUAUCCAACCAUACGUCCAUGGACUCUUGGGUUGCUUCCACCUUUUGGCUGUUGUGAAGAGUGCUGCUGUGAGCAUUGAUAAGCAACUUUAAAAAAUAAAUAAAUUUUUAU